GUGUGGAAGAAGGAACUGAACAGUUUCAGCAAAAUAAACCUCCACCUCUGUGUGUGUGUGAGAGUGAGUGUGUGUGUGAGUGAGAGAGUGUGUUACACCAGCGCCCGGAUCAAAGGACCACAGGAUCAUGUCCUCACACGAUGACUGGGAGACCAAGCUGGAAAUCAGGGCGUGUAGUUUUGAGGCCAGUCCAGCAGGGGGCGACAAACACAGAGACUGCAGCUCACCUAAUGGCUCCAUUGGAAGGAGCGAGACAUCUACAGAAAUCUUUGGCACCGAUCCUGUAAGGACUCUGGGAGAAAUCCUCGCCUACUGCCAGGUGAUGUACGAGGCCAUUCAGAAGCUGGAUGAGAAGUUUGAGUUGCUGCAGGCGCGCGUGACACACAUUCAAGAAGAUCAGAUCCACAUCGCAGACGAUCAGUCAGAGAUCUGCAUGCUGGAUGAUACAGAAGCCGAGCAGAUACACGACGAAUCAGCUGAAACGACCUACCAUGUCCUCCAGCAUGAAGGUCCUCCCUCGGUUCCUCCAUCACCUGAAGGUUCCAGGACCCUAAACAUUAUUGUUACCUCAGAGAACCCUGCACGCUCCUCGCCGUCUCCUCAGAGUCAGCCCCGGCAGUCAGGGUCGCCCUCCAUGCCAUGCCGCACUGUGAGGAAAAUGCUCUUAAAGCAGCAGGACGUCGCAGAAGAUGAUUCCCAUGUGAAUUCCGGACACUCUUCGAAAAACGCAAAGGAAGUCUUGCAUCAGCACCAGAAAAGUGCCGAUCCUCAGACAUACAACACAAGCGCAGCAGGAAGCAGAAGGUUCAUCAUCCCGAGCAGCGUGCUGAUGAUGGCCAGGGCUAUGGCGAGGCCCACAGCAGCCGCUCGCUUCCUCAUGCGCAGCCUCUUCUCCCGUCAGGAGCUUCUGCACGGGAGCAUCAGAGGAUACAUGGCCAGAGGGUUAAAAAAACUCGACCCAGACAAAAUAAACGCUAUACGAGAGUGGGCGCAGAUGACGUACCCGGAACAUGACCUGCGUGAGAAAGGGAAAGACUGGAAGGCUUGUCUGGCGGUUAUGAACGAAGGAGCCAGACACCUUCGACUGAAGGACAGAAAGCGUAGGUUUAAAGCAGUGAGAAACGCCAGGGGACAAGAGGCUUCAGCCCAAGAAUUCAAACCGGAGCCCACUGCUGAGAUUGACGUCGAGCUCUCCGACGGUGAGACUGAUGGCCUGCAGAAGAAGAGCGCUGUUAAGAACAAACUCAGAGAGUCUGAUGAUGAGGCUUUGUCGGAAAGUGAUGGUUCGCACGAACCGGGUGCUCAGGUGUAUCUGGGUCACCCGGAUCGGGACGUGAAGGUGCCUCAGUUUGCGAUGUACUCCGCCUUACAGAGACCGAAUCCACCGCUUGUUGCUCGCUACCUCAUCAGGUUCAUCUUCCCGGAGGAAGUGCUGGUGCAGAGCAAUGUGUACGGCAACGCCAAGUACGGCAUCCUGCCGCUGGACCACAACAAGAUCUCAGCGCUGAGGGAGCACCUGUGUGAACGUUUCCCCCAGCUGAGGCUGCACGAGGACGGACCCAACUGGAAGGCGUGUGUCUACGCCAUCAACGGCGCCAUCCGGAAAACACGACACACUCUGAAGAAAUGUCACCAACUGGCCACGGAGAUGCCGCCCUGAUGACAUCAUGACCGCAAACAAGCCCCGCCCUUCUUUUUUUCUUUUCCUUAAACAUGCAUAAAAAUUUACACAAGCCA